AGAAGUUCCUCGACAAUGGGAAAUCAUGUACUCGCAGCUUCGAUUUCCAUGCUCUCGCUGCUGGUGAUGGUGGGAGACACGGACAGUAAAACAGACGGGUCCUUCCUGAUCGACUCCGACCCCAGCCGCUGUAUGAGGCACCACUACGUGGACUCCAUCAGCCACCCCCUCUACAAGUGCAGCUCCAAGAUGGUGCUGCUGGCUCGCUGCGAAGGUCGCUGCAGCCAGACCUCGCGCUCGGAGCCCAUGGUUUCCUUCAGCACCGUCCUGAAGCAGCCCUUCCGCUCCACCUGCCACUGCUGCCGGCCACAGACCUCCAAGCUGAAGGCCAUGAGGCUGCGCUGCUCGGGGGGCAUGCGGCUCACGGCCACCUACCGCUACAUCCUCUCCUGCCACUGCGAGGAGUGCAACUCCUAG